AUGCUCAAAUUGAGAAAGAAAUUCUUGCCAUUGUUCACACCCUUCACAAAUUCAAUCAGCUCCUUUUCGGUAAGGCUGAAAUUACAGUACACAGUGAUCAUUAACCCCUAUAAACUAUCUUCAAGCACCCUCUAGCCUCUGCUACAUGUCGUCUCCAGAGCAUGAUCCUUGCUCUCCAGUGGUACAGCUUCCGAGUUGAGUAUCAAAAGGGCUUUUCCAUUCACAUUGCGGACACCCUUUCUCAAGCACCUUUGCCCACCACAUCUCAUAAGCAAGUCCACGAUGAGUUAGUCUACCGAGUUGAGUUUGAGUCCACUACACCUGACCUUUCCGACUUUUCAAGAUGCUACCUUCCAAGACAUUAGAGCUGCAGCUUCCUCAGAUCCCAAACAGAUUGCUCUCCACCCUCUAGUUCUCACAGGAUGGCCUAAUGACAAGUUAGCUGUCCCUGAGCUAGCACUGCCAUAUUGGUCUGUACAUCAUGAACUCACUGUCCAUGAUGGUUUAUUCUUCAAGCAGAAUCGUGUCAUCAUCCCAUCCUCGCUUUGA